GGCAGUAACGGGACUUCUCAUUCGGCAGGAAGUAAAUUUGGGAAUUCUAGGUCAGAGUUGAAGCCAGCGGGACGUUGUGUCACAAUAACUCACCAGACUGUAACUGCAGAUUUUUGUCCAUCUAUUGGCCUUUAAACAAGUGUUACAGUAACAGUAGCCUAGCCUAGAGGGAGAGCAACGGGAGGGGGCAGUGAGAGGAGGCCGGGGGAUGGAAAGGUGAAUGUAGCACUAUAUUCCAUUCUGCCGCAGCCUACCGGGCGGGGGGGUUACUGCCGUGGAGCCCGAAGCUUGACGCGGGACGUUUUUGGUCUCGAGCACCGCGGAUUUACUCCAUCUGGCACGCGCAUGAUAAUAUAAAUGAAUAUGGAAUGAUAACGACCGACGGCGUGAGAUGGGCAGGCGUUGACAUCAGCUUUAACUUCCCCCGGUGGCGGCUCCGCUUCGAAAUGUGAUGCACUUUCGCUGGCGUUUCUCCCUGCGGAGCUUUUUUUUCCGGAGCCUCAACUUUUCUGGCGUGUCAUCAUUUGUGGAGUUUAGCGCGGCGGAGUCAUCCGAGGCGAGCAGAGCUGUCUGAUCUGUGGAUCCUGUGAAACAGCAGCAGUAGCCCAGGAAAUGCAGCGUUUCUCUCUCCUAACCCGGAGCUGCUCCACUGACUUAGCGGGACCCAGCGAGUAGAAAUGUGCAGGAGCAAACGGCGAGCCUCGGGAUGUUUGUGGGCUGAUUCAGCUGCUUCUCAUCAGCAUGAUGCUUUCUCCUCUCUCGCUGUCUCAGGAUGAGUUCCAUCCGUUCAUUGAGGCGCUGCUGCCCCAGGUCCGUGCCUUUGCCUACACAUGGUUUAACCUCCAGGCCAGGAAGAGGAAGUACUUCAAAAAACAUGAGAAAAGGAUGACCAAAGAAGAAGAGAGAGCCGUCAAAGACGAGCUGUUGGGGGAGAAGGCCGAGGUGAAGCAGAAGUGGGCCAGCCGCCUUCUGGCCAAGCUCAGAAAGGACAUCAGACCUGAAUGCAGAGAAGACUUUGUCCUGUCCAUCACUGGGAAGAAAGCUGCGUGCUGUGUCCUGUCAAACCCGGACCAGAAAGGCAAAAUGAGACGCAUAGACUGUCUCCGACAAGCUGACAAGGUGUGGAGGUUGGAUCUGGUGAUGGUCAUCCUGUUCAAAGGAAUCCCGUUGGAGAGCACCGACGGCGAGCGGCUGGUGAAGGGAGGCCAGUGCUCCAACCCAGUGCUCUGUGUCCAGCCGCGACACAUCUCUGUCUCCGUCAAAGAGCUCGACCUCUACCUCGCUUACUACGUACAGGAGAGAGAGGCAGAGCAGAGCAGCAGUCCCAGUCGUACAGGAGUGGGUUCGGAUCAGGAGGACAGUCGCACCGCCACCAUGGAUGGUCCAGAGUUCCAGGAGAGUUUUGUGACUUCAGGAGUUUUCAGUGUCACUGAGCUGGUCCAUGUCUCAAGAACUCCAGUUGUCACAGGAGUAGGACCCAGUUUCUCCAUGGGGGAGCUCCAGGGUCAUCUGGCCUAUGACCUCAACCAGUCUGCCAACCAGCCAGUCAGCCUGAGACGAUCACUGGCCAGCACCUCAUCCAGCGGGAGUAAGCGUCAUAAGUCUGGUUCUAUGGAGGAGGAGGCAGACAGUCCAGGAGGGGAGUAUUACCACUCACCAUCCUCUCCUGCCAGCAGCUCCAGGAACUGGACUGAUGACAUGGAAGGAGGUCUGUCUCCUCCAGUGAAGAAGGUAGAGCUGGACAGUCCCUCUCCCCAGGAAGACUCACCAAGACUGGGCUCCUUCACUCAGCACCACCGGCCAGUCAUAGCUGUUCACAGUGGUCUGUCUCGGAGUCCCCACCCUUCCUCAUCUAUUCAUUUCCCGCCCUCGUCCUACUUCCCCCACGGAGCAAUCCGCUACCCUCCUCACCUGGCCCAGGACCCCCUGAAAGAUCUGGUCUCAUUGGCCUGUGACCCUGCCAAUCAAAGCCCCAGCUCGCUGAAUGGCAGCAACCAGGUCAAAGUGCCCAGUCACUACAUCUCCUCUCAGAUGUUGGCCCCUCCCCCGUCCCCCCUCUCCAGGCCUCCAGAGUCAAAGGCCACGCCCACCUCCUCUGAUGGGGGAGCAAACUCACCCACAUCACCCACAUACUCGGCCCCUGGGACCCCCCCUGCCAAUCGCACCUCCUUCGUUGGAGUCACCCCCCGAGACCCUGGUGGACUCUACCAAGCCCAGUCUUGGUAUCUGGGCAACUGAGCGACCUGUGGAGGAAGGCUGACUGUCAUGGCAGUACUGUGCUGGAGGACAGGAAGCAGUGUGGUCCAGACAUUGCCAGAGGGAAAAUCUAUUCAUCUUUGUAGAAGUGUGCUCAUACAUCUAUAUAAAUAUCCAGUGGGAUAUAUUUCUAUAUUUGUAUGAACCCAGAAGAGACAGCUAUACGGAGGACAGAACGAGUUUUGCUGCAAGACACUAAAUGCUUCUUCCAAAUGUCCUGACCUGAGCUGUGGUGUUCCAGUGAGCUGAUGUCUGGUCGGUCCAGAUGAACUGCAGACCAGAACCAGAACCAGGCCUCAGCACCCUGUUCCUAUGGUAACCCUAGUGUAUUCCCUGGGAUGGCUGUACCUGGGUCUCUUCACUACAUCCAGUAAAUGCCUCCUCUCAGACCCAGACCUCACACCUCCCCCCCUCAACACCCAGAAUGCCCCUCUCCGCUGCAGGUGCUGCUUAUAAUAUAUGCAAAUAAGCCUCCCUUUUUUUCUGAAGCGACUAGAAAGAGAUCCUGUUGUUGAUUUGUAAUGUUUCUUUGCACUUUUUGAAUGUGUUAUGGAUCGUCUGAAGAAUUCUUUUCUCUCUUCCCACCAAAAGACAGAGGCUUUCGUCUUUUUUAUUGACAAUCAUCAGCCUGAAACAAUUACGUUGCUUUGCUAAGCUCAUGUUUUUAAGACUGUUUGAUUGUGCUUUUUUAUCCGAAAACAAUGAGUCAUAGUGGAAUAUAAGAGCUAUAUUCAUGUCCCUCCAACACAACACACAAUGCUACAGCUGGAAACCAGGGAAGAGUCGGGACAUCUUUUUAAUAUCCUGCUGCUUCUUUCUCUUCAGAUAGCACUUAUCCAAGCAGCCAGAGACACCUGUAGCAUGAUGUGCGUGUGUGUGUGUGUGUGAGACGUCCCUGCUCUGUUCUGAGGAGAUUGUGUUUGGGGGUUUGUACUUGUGUGUAGGUAGAUUUGAGAGAGAUUUAGCACUAUGAGAAGGUAAAGAUGUCACCUAGCUGGCGGGCUGUGAUGUGACAGCAGGUCAUGUGCACGCUGACUUGAACUGAGCACAAAAUCCAGGUUUCUUGUCCAGAAGGCGACGCCUGACCAGUCUGUGGAGUAGCGUUGAUGGUUUAGCGCUGGCAACACGAAAACAAAUCGAUGAUUUCGAACCAGUCGGUGGCUUUUCUGUGUCAGCCUCGUACGUGACAGUGCUUUAGUGAGGAAACAAUAUUCUGGCUUUUCACAGCUUCAUUUCCUCAAUAAUCUUAAUAGCUUAAACAUGCUGCGUUUUAACUUUUGACAAGGUUAGCAUUUAAUAUGAAUCCCGGUCCGCACAUUCAAAUAAGGAAAUUGGAGCGAGAUGUCAGUUCAGGGCUUAGCUGUCUGUGUGCAGUGGUUGAUGUGAAAAUGCUACAGUAGUGAAACGUGUCCUUGGCCUUUUGCUAUUUCUUUGGAGAUGAAAACUCUGAAUAUAAAUUUGAGGAACUCCUAUUUUUUAACGUGUGCCAUAUUUGAAUCUCCAAGACUGGUGACAUGUGUUGCCUGGGGAUGUGGAUUGGUGUUUCUGUGUGGGCGUGCAAUCAGAUUGGAACGGCAAGCACGUGUUCACGUCAGGUUAUUCACAUGAAGUUGUUCCCGCGGUCUGACGACGUUACUCCGUGAUCCAGACAGUACUUUACGGCCGUGGUCCCACAGCUGUCUCCCAUCUGGAAAGAUCCAAUGUUUUCUGAGGGUGAAACCAAUAUUUCCAACCGCUGCCGCAGUCUGAGCAGCAGACCCAGUGUAACAGUAUGUCCGGUGAAGCCCGAGUGGAGCAGUGCUGCACGGCCAGUGGAAACAUUGGAUUUAUACACUUUUUUUUUACUGCUCCGGUUAGAAAGCAGACAUCUGUGGGAUCACAAAAAGCUUUUGCAGAUGUAACCUGCCGUAGUGAAAGAUAACUACGGUAGUAACAUUCAGAGUGAAGUGUGAACCCGCUGUAAGGAGUGGCUGUGUGUGUUUGAAAUCAUUUCAUAUUUUCCUUCUUUGUCUUUUAAAACGCUGUUUUCCACUCACACAGAAGCGUCUUUCUGUUGACUCUGCAUGCAGUCGGGCCGUGUCUUAACGUUGGUUUGCAUUCAGCCUGAUCACAGGGGUCUUUUCCAUUCCUUUCCCCCGGGUUGGGGUUAGUGUCAGCGUCCGCAGGCUUCAGAGUUCACUCUGAAUGUGCUGAUAGGAGCUGGGCUUUGGUUAAAGUUGGCUUCCAGCUGAUGUACAGUGCAUGGUGCUGCCCUGGUCGCUGUGGCGACCAAAUGAAUGCAUGGCUCAAACUGAUGAUACCUCUCCCUCUCUCUAUCCUGCUCUCUAUCCUCAGUCGAUUGGAGGGCUGUCUCUUUCUUUAGAUUUGUAUAAUAGCCCUGUUAUUAAACUUCUAUUUUGCACGAUACGUCAUGAAACACAUUAUGUGCCUUUGCCUUUAGUUAGACAACAAUAAUACAUUAAGGAAAAGUGGUCACACUUUUCAUGGUACAGCUAGUAGCACUUA